AUGGGAAAAGGAGAGUUGUGUACAAGUUAUGGAAAUGGUUUUUGUGUGAAGUUGGGAAAUUCGUGGGAAAACUUUGAGAGAAACCUAAAUGAUUCAAUUUCAAAUAGCAAAAUUGGCAAAUAUUUCAAGUUACAAGAUAGAAAAACGUAUUUCACUAAGGAGCUUCGGGCCGCUACGGCAACGUUCCUCACAAUGGCUUACAUUAUCACUGUCAACGCCACAAUCUUGGCGGAUUCUGGCGGGACGUGUUCCAUAUCCGAUUGCACGCCACCAUCAUCUAACCAGACGAUGGUGGCUGUUUCACCGGAUUGCAUGUUAAAGCCUAAUGUAGGCUAUGAAAGUUGCCUUUCAAAGAUUAAAAACGACCUUAUUGUUGCCACCGCCUUGUCUUCGAUGAUUGGUUCAUUAGCUAUGGGCAUUUUUGCCAAUUUGCCUUUCGGGUUGGCUCCAGGUAUGGGAGCCAACGCCUACUUGGCUUACAACUUAGUGGGGUUUCAUGGGUCUGGGCCCAUUUCUUACAAAACUGCUAUGGCCAUUGUAUUGGUUGAGUCUUGUAUAUUUCUAUUCAUUGCCACUUUUGGGCUCCGUGCCAAGCUAGCCCGGCUCAUACCUCGUUCUGUCCGGCUAGCUUGUGCGGCUGGUAUCGGUCUCUUCAUAGCAUUUGUGGGUUUACAGACUAAUCAAGGUGUUGGUCUUGUAGGUCCUGACCCAGACACCUUAGUAACUCUAGCAGCAUGCACUCAUAAAAACAGCAUAACUGGAGAAUGUGCCGACGGAAUCAUGAGAAGCCCAACGUUCUGGUUGGGCUUAGUCGGGUUCUUAAUCACCUGUUAUGGCUUAAUGAAGAAUAUUAAAGGAAGUAUGAUUUAUGGUAUCUUAUUUGUAACCUUAAUAUCAUGGAUUAGGCACACAUCCGUUACUAUUUUCCCUGAUACUCCUUUAGGUGACACAAAAUACCAUUACUUCCAAAAAGUGGUAGAUUUUCACAAAAUCGACUCAACCUUAGGCGCGAUAAGCUUCACAAAUUUUAACCGAAGUCAAGUAUGGGUCGCGUUAUUCACGUUACUAUACGUAGACAUACUAGCCACAACGGGCACAUUAUAUACAAUGGCGGAACUAGGGGGUUUUACAAAUGAACAAGGCGGUUUCCAAGGGGAAUAUGUAGCAUAUAUGGUUGAUGCAGGGGCCUCGAUUGUUGGGUCAACGCUCGGGGUCUCUCCAAUCGCCACCUUCAUAGAAUCUUCAGCUGGGAUUCGUGAAGGUGGACGAACAGGAUUAACUGCCAUCAUUGUUGGGUUUUAUUUCUUUUUGUCAAUAUUUUUCAUACCAUUGUUUAGUAGUGUGCCACCAUGGGCCAUUGGUCCAUCUUUAGUGAUGGUUGGGGCUUUGAUGAUGAAGGUUAUCAAAGAUAUCGAUUGGAACGAUAUCAAAGAAAGCGUGCCUGCUUUCGUGACCAUUUUACUCAUGCCUUUGACAUACUCGAUUUCAAAUGGGAUUAUAGGAGGGAUUGGUAUGUAUAUUGCUCUAAAUUUGUAUGAUUAUGGAGUCUGGUGGUUCAAAUGGUUGAUCAAGAUGAAGAAGAUGGUGUCAAAAGAGCAAAAUCAAGUAUCCGCUACUAUUGCAGCUGAUCGGAUCAUUGUUGAGGUGCUGUAA